GAACAGACGAAGGUAGACUAUAAAUUAAAAAAAGUUAAAUAUAUAUAUGUAUGGAACAUAUAUAGUUUAAUAUGAGUAAUAAUAUAGUCUAUGAUACUCAUAAAACCCUUAUUAUUACUUAUUAUUACAGUUCUCACUCAGGGGUUAGUGGUCGGGAUUCGUGGUAAAUACCUAGCUUCUCAAUAAAAGAUCAACAGUUCUCACGGGUUAUUACCUCAUAACCCUUAAUCAUAGAUAAUUCUCCAGUGCCCGGACAGUCACAUAUUCGGUGUGCGGUGUAGUGGAGCGCGUCCGUCCCCAGGUGGUCGGUAUAGCCUCGUCGCGCGGUGCGGUGCGCGCGGUCGUCGUCGUCGUCGGGGUGCGGCGUCGCUCGUCGGUUCGUCCGACGCCGGUCACUUCUCCUGCGCCCGUGCACACGCGAACAGCGUCGUCGCGCUGAGCUCGAAACAAUGCCUAGAAAUGUUUCCAAUAUAUCUGUGUUAUUUAUCAAGUUAUGGCGUCAUCGGCUUCUAUACGAUACAUCGAGUAGGUCCUUCACUGACGGCACGUCCUGAAACUCUUAUCCACGGUCGGGAGGGGCGCGUCAACACGGGGUGGCCUUCCCCUCACUUAGUGCAAAAAGUCUUUAUCUGUGAUACCACCAUCAAUUUCAGGGGUGGGCCACUACUGGCGAAGCUAACGAGUAUCUCAAGAAGACCUUGGUGAGAGAGUUGCUCAUCAUGC